UCAUUCAACCCUGGCAGCGAAACAAAACUCAACAAAUUAUUAGAAAAAAUUUCCCAAGCAAAUUCUCAUCAAUUUCGGGUACCAAAUCUAAACCUUUCUGAACAACGAGUAACAUUGAAAACAAAAGGCUGCAGCAACCGCAUUUACUAAAGUUGACCAAACUUAAUCGGGUUAAUUAGCAAGAAAUGGCACGCGGACACCAGAAGAUCCAAUCGCAGGCGAAGGCCUCCGAGAAGCAGGCUAAAUUGAAGAAACAGCAGGGACACAGUGCCAACGAUCAGAAAAAGGCGGCUCAAAAGGCUCUCGUGCAUGUGUGCGCUGUUUGCAAGUCGCAAAUGCCAGAUCCCAAGACUUACAAGCAGCAUUUCGAGAACAAGCACCCCAAGAACGAUCUGCCCGAGGAGCUUAAGGAUGUCUGAUGGCCGACGCGGCCGAGUGCGUAUAUUCAUAUAUCAAGCUGAACGAGAUCGACGAGUUGCCUACCGGUACGAAACCUUUGCAACAAUAACUUUACACCAGCCCGAAAACGGAUACCAGAAAUUAAGCCGAAGCCAAGAGGGUGGAUAAGAGUUAUAGUUAUUUAAUUUCCAAUGCGAAGGGCGCAGCUGAAUUUUUUUAUAUACACACUGCUGACUUUUGAUUUAUAAAUUGAAAAGAACACUUGGCUAAAUGGCUACCACAAUACAUAGCAACCUACCACAUAGCAAGAUAAA